ACAAGUUGUCAGAUAAUGUAUCUGCAGCCAAAGACAAGAAUUUUAAAUUACUAAUCAAAUGGAAAAUUCUCAACUCGGCAUUUUUUCCUCUUUUCCCCAAUCAAAUAAAUAGAACUCUUUGUGUUCUGUUUCAGCGUAUAACACAUUUUUCUCUUCUUCUUUUCCCCCUGCUUACUGGGGUUUCAGUAUUCUUCCUUCUGAACAAAUUCUGAUGCAUUCAAGGUUUCAAGAGUUACACUUGGUCUGCGUUUUCCUAGUAUUUUUGCUUUUUGGGUGUUGCAUUUUCGGGUCUGAGGAUUUUCAGAAAGGUUUCUGCUUUUGGAUUCAACCAUGCCUGCUCUUGUUAAUUACGGUGGUGACGAUGAUUUCUAUUCUGGAGGGUCCUUUUAUACAAAUUCCGCAGACUUGGGUAGAUUAUGCUCAAUCAGUUCCCAAGUGGAUGUGUACUGCCCUCCCAGUAAAAGAGCUCGUAUCAGUGCCCAAUUUAUCUUUGGGGAAACAGAUGUUGAGCAGAAUAAGCAACCAUCAAUCCAUGUUCUUCCUGACGAAUGCCUUGUCGAGAUCUUUAAGCGUGUUCAUGGGGGCAGAGAAAGGAGCUCCUGUGCUUGUGUCUCAAAGCACUGGCUUAUGCUUCUGACCAGCAUCAGAAAGGGCGAAUACGAGUCAUCAAAGACGGUCAAGGAGAAUAUUGAGUCAAGUUCUGACGAUAUUGAGAUGUUCUCAUCUGAGGAGGAGUAUGGUUAUCUUACAAGGCGCUUGGAAGGGAAGAAAGCAACUGACAUGAGGCUUGCUGCUGUUGCCAUUGGAACAAGCGGUCAUGGUGGUUUGGGGAAGCUUUCUAUUAGGGGAAGCACCUCUUCACGUGGAGUAGCUAAUUUUGGGCUAUUUGCCGUAUCCCGUUGUUGCCCCUCUCUCAAGCUACUUUCUUUAUGGAACGUCCCACAUGUUGGAGAUGAAGGUCUGUCUGAAAUAGCUAAAGAAUGCCAUUUGUUGGAGAAGCUUGACCUUUUCCAGUGCCCUUUGGUUUCAAACAAGGGGCUAAUUGCCAUCGCUGAGAACUGUCCUAAUUUGAAUGCUUUGAGCAUCGAAUCCUGCCCAAAGAUUGGUAAUGAGGGCCUCCAAGCUAUCGGAAAGCUCUGCCCCAAGUUGCAGUCUGUCUCUAUCAAGGACUGCCCGCUUGUUGGUGAUUAUGGAGUUUCAAGCCUGUUAUCAUCAGCAUCUUCCAUUCUUUCAAAGGUUAAGCUUCAGGGUUUGAGUAUCACAGAUUUUUCUCUUGCUGUGAUGGGACACUAUGGCAAGUCUGUGACAAAUCUAAUGCUUGGUGGUCUACAAAAUGUAAGCGAGAAGGGAUUUUGGGUGAUGGGUAAUGCUCUGGGUCUCCAAAGAUUGAUCUCUUUAACUAUUGCUUCUUGCUUGGGGGUAACCGAUGUUAGUCUUGAAGCCAUUGGAAAGGGGUGCAAAAACCUGAAGCAGAUGUGCCUCCGCAGGUGUUACUUUGUUUCUGGUGAUGGAUUGGUGGUUUUUGCCAAGUCUGCAGGUUCUCUUGAGUGCCUGCAGUUGGAAGAGUGCAACAGGGUCACACAAUCCGGGAUUAUCGGUGUCCUCUCAAACUGUGGAUUAAAAUCUCUUACCCUAGUAAAAUGCAUGGGAAUUAAGGAUAUAUCCUUGGGAGUUCCUUUGUCCUCCCCAUGCAAUUCCCUUAAAUUCUUGUCAAUAAGGAACUGCCCUGGAUUUGGAACCGUCAGCCUGGCUAUGGUAGGCAAAUUGUGCCCUCAGCUUCAACAUAUGGAUCUGAGCGGGCUAUGCGGCAUCACAGAUGCAGGUCUUCUGCCUCUUCUACAGAAUUGUGAGGCAGGACUUGUGAAGGUGAAUCUAAGUGGCUGCUUAAAUUUGACUGAUGAGAUCCUUGUGUCCUUGAUAAGGCUACAUGGUGCAACCCUCAAAUUGCUUAAUCUAGAUGGUUGCAGGAGGAUUACUGAUGCAAGUUUGGUUGCAGUUGCAGACAAUUGUGUUUUCCUUAACGACCUGGAUGUGUCAAGGUGUGCAAUCACCGAUGUCGGCGUUGCUGCCUUGUCGCAUGCUGAGCAACUCAAUCUGCAAGUCCUUUCAUUUUCUGGUUGUUCAGGGGUAUCAAACAAAAGUUUAACCUUCCUAGAAAAAUUGGGAAAGACCCUGGUAGGGUUGAAUCUCCAGCACUGUAAUUCAAUCAGCACCCAAACCAUUGAGUUGCUUGUGGAGAGCUUGUGGAGAUGUGACAUCCUUUUCUAAUCGAGGGUCAUCUGAAACAACUAUACUUACGCCGUCAAAUUCGGUAGAAAUAUGAAACUCAUAUAGUCAGCUCACAGAGGUAGCAACAUUCAGCACAGGAUUUUCUGUUCGACCAAGUAGCUAUGUUGGUUGCUCUAUGGCUUGGUGUUUUUCAGGGGACUUUUGGCUGUUUGGCAGAUGGCCGACCCAUCUCAAUUUUUGCAGGCAUUCAUGACACUGGAGAGUCUGUUGUACACAGCCAUGGUUCCUGGAGAUCCAUCAUCAAGUCAUGGUUUUGAGUUUCCAAUCAUAGAUUUUAGUUGUGUUUUGCUGGAACUGUUGUUCUAGCUUUCUUUCCUUUUUCAGUCUAUUAAAUCUGUUGUUCGAAUCAGUCCUUAAAUAUCUUUCUUUUAAGAGUCUUUCAGUGUUUCCUUUUGUAUUUUACCUCUAUGGAGGGGCUGCUUUGAGAAGUUAAAUGUUUAGGUGCCUCAGAUUGCUGUGCUUUGGCUAUGGCUGCCAUAACCUUCAUUUUGGCUUGUUUUUUCCCCAUGUUUUCCAAGUGUCCUAGGUCUUGUAGGGUUAUCCUUGCAAGAAUUGCGCAACCGCAACUACUGUUAUUGGAUCUCAGUUUGAUUA